AUGGUUCCUGAUCUUGAUGACGUGGCAAAAAUGGAGAAAGCAAAAAUGGAUCUGUCUAAACAACUAGAAGACCGGUGUAAAUGGCUAGAGGAAAAGUUUAAAGCCAUGGAAAAUGCUGAUAACCACCGAGGAAUGGACGUUAAAGAUUUGAGCUUGGUACCCGAUUUGGUCCUCUCUCCCAAAUUUAAAAUGCCAGAGUUUGAGAAAUAUAACGGGACAAGUUGUCCCGAAGCCCAUAUCACUAUGUUUUGUCGAAUAAUGACCGGAUACAUCAACAGUGAUCAACUGCUGAUUCACUGCUUCCAGGACAGUUUGAUCGGGUCAGCGGCUAGAUGUGCCACUAAAAGCUUUUCAGACAUAGUGAUAUCUGGAGAAAUGAUAGAGAACGCCGUAAAAUGUGGCAAGAUAGAAGCAGGAGAAAGCACUAAAAGGUCAGCACCAAGAAAGAAGGAGCACGAGAUAAACGAUACAAGCACAUUUAACAAGGACCAUUCUAAAUCAAUCACGGAAUCCAAUCCAAGGCCAAAUGUAGAGAGGCCUCAAUUGACACCCAUCCCAGUGACGUAUAGGGAAUUGUACCAGAACUUAUUCGAUGCACAUGUGGUAUCUCCAUUUUACCUAAAACCUAUGCAGCCUCUAUACCCUAAGUGGUAUGAUGCAAACGCCCAAUGCGAGUAUCACGCGGGGACUAAGGGGCACUCGAUUGAGAAUUGCAUUGCAUUCAAGAAGUUAGUUGAAAAACUUAUCAAUUUGGGGAUCGUAAAGAUUGGUGACUCAUCAGGACCAAAUGUAGCAGGGAAUCCGUUGCCCAAUCAUGAUGAUAAAGAGGUGAAUGCGAUAAUUGAGUAUGGAGGAAGGAGAGUCAAAGCCAACGUAGCAGAGAUAAAGACCCCCCUUGAAUGGGUUUGGAAACAAAUGAUGAAAGAAGGUCUCAUCAAGCAAGAUUCAAUAAAAAGGCCUAAAGGAGUAAGGAAGUUUUGUAAGUUCCACGCAGAAGAAGGCCACAACAUCCAAAAAUGCACUGAGUUCAGAACCAUGGUGCAAAACUUAAUGGAUAACAAAGAGUUGGAGUUUUAUGAAGAGAUCAAGGGACUAGAAGAAGGAGAAGUUUAUGCUUCAGAGGAAGGAUUUAAGGGGAAAGCACAAGAGGUUAAUUACCCAGUAGUGAUUAUUUUGAAGCCAAUGAGCAAAGAAUCUGGAAUACAAAUAGCGUCAAAAGUCAUAAUCAAAAAACCUGUAUCCUUUCCCUACAAGGAUAGUAAAAAGGUUCAUUGGAAUUACGACUGCAAUGUGACAAUCCCAGGAAAAGAGAGCUUCGUAAAUACUUCAGAAGAGGAUGAAAAAUUCUAUACACGAAGUGGAAAAUGCUAUGAUCCGGCAAAUGCAAGAGUGGAAUCUGGAAAAGGAAAAGCCUUAGCAGUUGAGCUGGGAAAAGCAAAAACGAACAAAAUUGAAUCGCAUGUCAAUCAGCCGGUAACUGAAAAUGAGGCUAGAGAAUUUCUAAAAGUCUUAAAACAUAGCGAGUACAGCGUGGUAGAACAAUUACAUAAGCAACCGGCUCGUAUCUCGGUGCUUGAGUUUCUUCUAAGUUCAGAGAUACAUCGUAAUGCGUUGAUUAAGGUGCUAAAUGAAACUUAUGUCGCUAACGAUAUCUCAGUGAAUAAGUUGGACGGCUUGGUUAACAAUAUAAGUGCUGACAAUUUUAUUUUCUUUAAUGAUGAUGAAAUACCGCCGGGGGGAAGAGGAGCCACCAAAGCCUUACAUAUCACCGCUCGUUGUGGGGAAUAUAUGUUACCGGUGGAUAGCUCUCACAUGAAAUCAUGCCAGAAUAUAGUGAAAGCAUUUGAUGGUACCGAAAGGAGGGUGAUGGGAAGAAUAGAAAUACCCCUCUUGAUUGGCCUAAAUACAUACGAGGUGGAUUUCUUAGUGAUGGAUAUCAAGCCUUCCUAUAAUUGCUUACUAGGAAGACCCUGGAUUCAUUCAAAAGGAGCGGUGCCUUCAUCAUUGCACCAGAAGUUGAAAGUGAUGGAUAUCAAGCCUUCGUAUAAUUGCACAUGUUGGUUUUGUGCAUGGCCAAAUGACUUUGUGUUGGAUAAGAGAUUGCUGAUUAUGUUAAGUGCUAAAAGGUGA